AUGCCCAAUAAUGUUUGUCUGGGUGCUAAGCAUCGAUCCCCCGGUUUCGGAUCGUGCGACUUGGAGCCUGCCGUUAUUGCUGGUCAGCACCCGCAAGCUGUCGAUUUUGGAAACCCUACCCAGACUGGAGAGCUUCUAGACCCUGAAACAAUCGAUCCCGCAAUUCUAGACGACCAUGCCUUUCCGGGUGGUAAGCAGACCCAAGCAACGGAAAAUAUCACCGGCAUCGCAACAUGUCCAGACAGAUGUCUCUUAGAGUGCUCCCACUCUCCGAAUCAAGAUCCACCUCUUCAAUCCAGACGACAACAUGCAAAGGGAGGGGCGGUUCCUGGUCGCCAGUCCAAAAUAAAUAAACGUUCAAAAUAA